AUGUCGUCGUCGAAUGGAAACCCUAAUUCGAAGCCAUAUUACCUGCAAAAGGAAGAAGCAGUAAGUGAAGAAUUCAAGAGCUCCGUCUCCUCCCUCCCCCACAAGAAAAUGCAUUUCGGAUCCUCUAUCUACCAGUACCAAGGUUUCUGGUAUCCUCUCAGUGUUCUUCCAGGUGUCAUUAAUUUCCAGCAAAACUUCCAUCCUCAAUCUUCCGACAUCUUCACCAUAGCUUUCCCCAAAUCAGGCACCACCUGGUUGAAAUCGCUCCUCUUCACUCUUUCCAACCGCCGCCAAUUCCCCGUCAACGACGCAAACCACCCAAUUCUUACCGCCAAUCCUUUUGUGCUGUAUGCGCCAUUUGGUGCUGUUUCUGCCAGGCGAUGUAGGGCUCGUACGUCGUACAGGCAUUGUCUCUGGCUUUCAUCCAGCUGCACCGUUAAGGUGGCGAAAUUCCGAGCUGAUUCUAUUUUCCCCCAAGCAUUCAUCACGGCCGGUGAAAUACCCUGUCGCUUAUGA